AUGGCGCCAGGUCGGAAACGUGGAGGUGGGAUGAAUCCGAGCCGCUGGCCUGGACCUGGGUUCGAGAUGAACUCCGCCGUUCCUCCGCCACAUGACAGGAGUUGGCCUGACCCGCCCCGAGGGGGAUUUCGUGAUUGUCCCGGUCCCGGAUUUCGGGACGCGCCCAUGAUAAUGGGACCAUACGAUCCGAAUGAUGAGAUUGGGUCGGGGAUCCCACCGGCACCUUACGAACCAUAUGAUGUUAUGCCUCCCGGACCUUAUGAUCCAUAUGACUUGAGACCACCUCCGGGGCCAGUCAACCCUAUGCUGAGGGAUGCUGAGUACCGUUUUAGAGAAGACUUAGAACUCGACAGAGCAAUGAUGCGCGAAACCUCAGAGUUCUUAAUUAACGGCCACCCAGUGAAUGAGCGAUGCUUUCCAGUGCUAGAAUUUGAUCACAGUCCAGAGCUGCUUUUGAUUCCGAACCGAGGUUUCAGACAAAUGGAUGAACGUGGUCCUAUGGAACGUGGUUAUUUUCCGCCAGUGGACAGUCACGUCAGUCUUGGAUUUGGACGAGGCAGAGGAGGAUUCAAGGGACACCCACCAGACCUAAGUGGACCAAGACCUAGGCCAUCAAUGGUUCAAAAGGAGUGGGCUGGCUCAUCUGGAAUGCCUCCACCCAGAGGCCCAAGACCACCUCAGACAACUCCUAAAGAGAAAGCAAAACAAGUGCCUCUAGAGCCCAAAAGUGACCCUACUAAAACCUCGGCGCCAGUUGACACUUUGGCUGCCCUGAAAAACUUUGCUGCUAAGUAA